UAGCGGGGGCGGCGUCGCAGUUGCCCUUUUAAGCCGCGAGGCCGCGGUCUCCUGCCAACGGAGUCAGUUACAAAGAGAGCAGCCGCCCGCCGAGGCCUCGGUGCCCCUAGCCAUUUUUCAGCCGCGAUCCGACGCGGGCCUCGGCGGCGGGGAGAGGCGGAGCCGCGAGAGUGCGGCCCCAGGCCGGCCCUGUGGGGCGGUAGCGGCCGUGACGGCGGCUCUGGGCCCGGCUCCCCUUUCGCACCCCUCCUGCCGGAGAUGAGGGGAAGAUGUCCGUGUCAGGGCUCAAGGCCGAGUUGAAGUUCCUGGCGUCCAUCUUCGACAAGAACCACGAGCGAUUCCGCAUCGUCAGCUGGAAGCUGGACGAGCUGCAUUGCCAGUUCCUGCUGCCGCCUCUGGCACCGCCGGGCAGCCCGCACCCGCCGCCGCCGCCGCUCACACUCCACUGCAACAUCACGGAAUCUUACCCAUCUUCUUCACCGAUAUGGUUUGUGGACUCUGAUGACCCAAAUCUGACAUCAGUGCUGGAACGUCUAGAAGAUACUAAGAGCAACAAUUCGCUUCGUCAGCAAUUGAAGUGGUUGAUAUGUGAACUCUGCAGAUUAUAUAACCUUCCUAAGCACCUGGAUGUUGAGAUGCUAGAUCAACCAAUACCCACGGGUCAGAAUGGGACCACAGAAGAAGUGACUUCAGAAGAGGAGGAAGAGGAAGAGAUGGCUGAAGAUAUAGAAGACUUGGAUCACUAUGAGAUGAAGGAAGAAGAGCCUGUUAGUGGAAAAAAGUCAGAGGAUGAAGGAAUCGAAAAAGAAAACUUGGCAAUACUAGAGAAAAUUAGGAAGACUCAAAGGCAAGACCAUCUCAAUGGUGCAGUAUCUGGGUCUGUGCAAGCUUCAGAUAGACUUAUGAAAGAGCUCAGGGACAUAUACAGAUCACAGAGUUAUAAAGCAGGGAUUUAUUCAGUGGAACUCAUAAAUGACAGUUUAUAUGACUGGCAUGUUAAACUGCAGAAGGUUGAUCCUGAUAGUCCUUUGCACAGUGAUCUUCAGAUCUUAAAAGAAAAAGAAGGCAUAGAAUAUAUUUUGCUUAACUUCUCUUUUAAGGAUAACUUUCCAUUUGAUCCUCCGUUUGUUCGAGUGGUGUUACCUGUUCUCUCAGGAGGGUAUGUGUUGGGCGGUGGAGCACUAUGUAUGGAACUUCUCACAAAACAGGGCUGGAGCAGUGCCUACUCAAUAGAAUCAGUUAUCAUGCAAAUCAAUGCCACGUUAGUCAAAGGCAAAGCCAGAGUGCAGUUUGGAGCAAAUAAGAAUCAAUAUAAUCUAGCAAGAGCCCAACAAUCCUAUAAUUCCAUUGUACAGAUACAUGAGAAAAAUGGCUGGUACACCCCUCCAAAGGAAGAUGGCUAAAUAUGUUGACUGCCGUAUGUUUGGACCAAUGUUGCUUUAAAGAAAAUCUUUCCAACAUGCAGACACAAGCUUUGAGUGCCCCUAUAACAUCAGUACCGAAGAUGUUAGCUAAUAGAUAUUUUAGUGGAUAAUCUGUCAAUUGACAUCCAGUAUGAGUUACAGCCUUUUCAUUUUGCUCAUUUUACGUAUCUUGGACUGAGCAGUGGGGCCUUUACUGUAUUUUUUGUGAUAAAUACACAUACUGGCCACUCAUAAUCUCUUUCUUGAAAAAUCUGUCAAGCAGACAAGUCAGCAUCAGGUUACAGAAGUUGCGACUCUGGUAACUUUCCCAUAUUGAGCUCAUGUGUUAUGAAGACUUGCAAUAUACUGUUCCAUUUAGAGCCAAUAAAAGUUUAAUUGAUGUUUAAUAUUGGUUUAGAAAAUUUAAGGUCUUCUAAAUCACAGCAGCUUUUUCAAGUUAAAACCCUUUUUUGAUAUUGCCAAAAUAAUGACAGGAAGCCUACUCAUUAAAUUGUUAAACUUUUUUAUGGCUAGGUGAAGAUAUGAAUUGUUUCCCGAAGAUAUGCUCUUAAUUGAGUUGUAUUGUACUUUUUAGGCAAAGCAAAGCAAGGCUGUGUAAAUUAAGUAGUAAUUUCCACUGGGGCAUCAGAGUCUUGCUGGGCUGAAUCUGCUUCUUGUUGGGUCAGUAUUUCAUAUGAAGAACUGCAGUAUAGAGCUUGAAGUUAUUUAAAAUACUAAAUCAUUUUAUUUUACGUUUCCAUUUUAUUAACGGGAUGUUGCAAUCAUUUUUAAACUAAUAAACUUUUUUUUUUUAAACUAAUAAACUUGUAAAGUGAUUGGCACAAAGACCGAAUCCGUGAGCAAAAGCUGCACAGUGAAGUACAAGAAGAUACCUAAUUUGGAGACUCUUAAAAUUUUUGCUAUAGUUGAACAAUGGCUUUUGCACUGAAAGACUAAUAGGAACUCUACAUAUGUUCAUUCUUUUAUAAAACCUGACUCAAUUCAGUGUACCUCCAUUUUAUUGCCUUACCUGAAUCAGUCCUGUUUGGUUGGUGAUAGGUUUUUUUUUUAUCUACCCAAGUUUGAUUUAAAAGUAAAUUACAGUUAAAAAAAAAAGUAAAUUACAGUUAUUAAGCACUUUUAAAAUGAAAUCCAGAAGCACAUUUUCUGCACAAACAAGUUACAAAAUUCAAAAGUGUUUCCUAUGCAUUUGCUCUUAACUUUGUAAACCACAUCAGAGGAACUUGGCACUUCUGCAUUAUUGUGUGUGUUUAAUUUCUUUUUGUUCUAUUUUGGUUAAGAGGACAGUAGAAAAAGAUUUUCUGGCAUUUUUGUUUACUUGGUUACAUUUGUAUAAAGUUCUGAUUGCCAGUUGCUGAGAUAAUAAGUGACCAGGCAUUAAACUUUAAAGCAUUAAAGUUCCUUAAACCUAAGGCUAAAUCUUGAAUACAUUAUUGAAUUCUUUAAUAUCCUGAUGGCUAGCAGAUUGACAGCUGCACAUUUGGCAUGCUUUGUUUUUGGGGGGGUUUUAUUUUUCAUUGCAGAUUUAUUUGGCAAUGUACAGUAAAUUUUGUAAACUUGCAUCAAGUUUAUGAAUAAAGAACCAUUU